CAGCGAUCGUAGAAUCUAGACAUGAUACGGCAAAGUAAGGCAGAGAGACCAUUCAUUUCACAUUUCUUUUAGCACCCUGCUCUGAAGCAUGUCUCGACUUGCACCCCUGCCCGUCUCCUUACCAUCCGUCCCCAUCUCCGAAGACACGGAAGCGGCUGAGGUAGCGGCUGCAUAUGGCAACAUCUUUGCGAAUAUUCAAGAACAAAGCUUCCUCGAUGAUGCUGUCUGGCGCGACACCUACGCCCUGACGGGUACCAUACGCACUUUCUACGGCGCGAAAGGGGUGUCUGCUGCAUGGCGAGAAUGCAUCGCCCAAGCACGGCCCCAUUCUUUCCAUGCUGCAGUCGAGCAGUCCCAGCUUAGAAGGCUUCCGGGUGGUCACUCUUGGGUGGAUGUUCCGUUCACAUUCGAGACGGCGAGUGAGCCGCCAUUGCUUUGUACGGCUAGCUUAUGGCUAGCCAAAGACGACUCGGAUCGCGAUGGGUGGAAGAUAUGGGUGAUGACCACUGUCCUCGACCGGAUCAAAGGCCUGCCCAGUGUGGAUGAUUACUGUGCUGCCACACCAGGCCACCAGAUCAAUGGUUCCAUCAACGGUACAACUCACAACGUCAAUGGCACACACUCAGAAGACUCUCACUUCGACUGUGUAAUUGUAGGCGGAGGCCAAGCCGGACUUAACGUCGCCGCACGUUGCAUGGCCCUCGGCAUAUCCUACGUGAUUCUCGAGAAGAACGAAGCCAUUGGCGACAACUGGAAGAACAGAUACGAUUCCGCACGACUGCACACCAUCAAGGACUACACGCAUUUCCCUUUUGAGCGCACGUGGACCGAGGAGUAUGGGCAAUGGCUCAGCAAAGACGAUCUUGCGAAGGGCUACGACAUUUGGGCGCGCAACUUUGGUGUCAAUGUUUGGUGCUCCACUGAAUUGCUGGGUGGCUCUUGGGAUAAAGCAACAAGAUCGUGGACACUCAAGAUUCGCCGUCAGGAGAACGAUGUUGAAGAAGAGAUUACUUCAUCUUUUGUCAUCAUGGCAGUCGGAGCAGGUGGCCAGAUACCUCACAUGCCGGCACUACCAGGGCGGGACCGAUUCAAAGGCAUCGUCCAGCAUUCCGAAAAGUACAAAUCCGCCUCAGAAUGGGCAGGGAUGAAAGCCGUCGUCAUCGGCACCGCAAACACCGCGCACGAUAUCGCAGAAGACAUGCUCGAUGCCGGCUGCUCAUCUGUCACCAUGGUCCAGCGAUCAGACACCUUCGUCCUUCCCACAGAAUGGUACGAAAAGGUCCAGGAACGAACAUACAACGCGAAAGUUCCGAUCCAUGUUGCCGAUCGACUGGGACAGUCCAAUCCGAAUGCAAUCCAGCGGCUGGUGGUUAUGACGCCAAUCCACGCCAUGAUACGACAGAACAUCGGGCGCUUCGAGGCAUUGCAGAAGGCCGGCUUCCGAGUGGAUGUAUUUGGCGAUCCGAUUUGGCAUCUCUUUGAGAGACUGGGAGGGCAUUACAUGGAUGUCGGGGCGAGUAAGAAGAUCGCCGAUGGUCUGAUCAAAAUCAAAUCCGACGCUGCAUUGACGCACUACACGCCCAACGGCCUAGGCUUCGCAGACGGCUCUGAACUCCCCGCGGAUUGCGUCGUCUUCGCCACAGGCUUCGAAACAAACCUUCGUCAUCGUGUCCACCAGCUCUUCGGCAAGGCCGUGGCGGAUCAAGUCGGAGACUUCUCGCGAAUGGACGACGAAGGCGAGCAGUCUGGCGCUUUCAGGUUUCGGCAUCCCGGCCUCGCGUGCACCGGAGGCGCGAUAGGGCCAUGUCGAUGGUUCUCGAGGUUCCUUGCCAUGCACAUGAAGGCGGAACUCACGGGCACUCCGAUGCAGGUGUAUUCUCGCACUCCUGUGCCGCCGACACGGACUGAUACAUGAGACUCUGCUCGAAUUUCUGCAUACACGCCUGCUACCAUCAAAUGCCCGCCACGUAACUAGCGAUUCAAUCUAGAUUCAUAGAGAGAGAGCAGAUCCACGGAUGAGUUGAUGGCAUUGUACAGCAUGCCACAGCCUGAUGGACCUCCUCAA